CCACGCGGCCACUUACAUCGCUCGCACCAUGUGGAUGGGGGAGGAUUGACGUAUAUGUGGGAGCCCCAUGGUGAUCCACAUUACGCUGGAUAUGGAUAUGAAGUUGCCACUGUGGUUCGUCAGCGCCGACAUCGAAGACAGGCACGAGAACGACGACUUGGUGACGUAUCUUGAAGCGAGCAUCCAGCAACUGGUGGGGGCUUUCACGAGCGCCGUGAGCAUGGCGGAGGGGAUUGACGAUGGGCCGAUGUCGUACGAAAGGUUGAAGAGCGUUGUCGACGCGAUGAGGAUCAUGCUCGCGGCGACCAUGUGGCUCAUGCGGAUGAGCGGGGAUGAUCAUCGCGCGAAUUACGACGCGUGGGUUUUCAUCCAACUGACGACAAAGCCAACGCUCAUCGCAUCAAUGCAUCGCUCAUUCGACGCGCGUCGCCAUAUCGUGCAAGUUGCGACUGUCAUCAGGGACAAAUUGCCGAAACCCCCCAUGAUUUUGGUAGCCCCUCCAUUGUACAUCCCCGACUGGGCAUCAAUUGGCGUGAAGUUCUCACAUGAUGCCACGUUGUCUUCCCCCAUGGAGGCGAAGAAGCUGGAUUGGUUGGGCACAGGCCCCCCGGAAGAGGAAGACGACGAUAAAGCGGACGACGAAGGCAGCGAGGGGGGUUGAUGGCGCUUUCAUGGCGCCUAUCUUUGAC